AGUGGUAUCCUUUUUUACUCAAUUACACAUUAAUUUGAUACGAAGUGCAAAAUAACUUCAUUAAAUCAGAAUAGUAGUUGUAUAAAUCGCACUUCAAUAGUUUGAUAAAAAGACUAGCUCCUUGCGGAGAUUAGUUGAGACUGAGACACCAUGUAUAUCAUAUUACUAGUUUCUGUUUUGUUAUUUUCCUCAAGGUCUCUGGCAGAGGUCGUGAUAACUGCACGUGAACCUAUAAUUGAAGAAUUAAAUAAUGUCACAGCGAGAGGUCUUUUUGGAUUUGAUGUGAAAGCUUUCUUGGAGAAAAACGGUUAUCCCUUUGAAAACCAUAAAUUAACAACCCAAGAUGGAUAUGUUUUAGCUAUUCACAGGAUACCUUAUGGAAGAAAUUCAUCAGCAAGCACUUUUAAGAACGAAACAAAACCAGCAGUACUGAUUAUGCAUGGUGUUGGAAGUAGCUCAGUAGAUUACAUGAUACUAGGCCCUGAAAGGUCUCUUCCUAUGAUACUUGCCGAUCAGGGAUACGACGUUUGGUUGGGCAAUAAUAGAGGAAACACAUGGUCAAGGAAACACGUUACUUUAGAUCCCGAUAAAAAUGACACAUUUUGGGACUUCAGUUUCCAUGAGUUGGGACUUUACGAUGCAUCAGCCAUAAUCGAUUACAUAUUAAAUGCAACGCGGAACGAAAAGAUUUCGUACAUAGGCCACUCGCAAGGAUCAACUGAGUUUUUCGCAUUAACAUCAGAGUUGCCACAAUAUAACGACAAAGUAAACAUAAUGAUGGCGCUAGGUCCAGCUGUGUAUUGCAAAAAUUUGACAAGUCCUAUUGUGCGAAUACUCAAAGACCAUUAUAAGUUGGUAGAGUCUACCGCUGACUAUUUUAAUUUAACAGCUGAGAUUCUAGGACAUACAUUUAUAAUUGAAACUGCUCUGAAACUAAUAUGUAAGAACGAAUCUCAAUAUCAAGAAGUUUGUCCUCUUAUCUUAUUCCUUCUUUUCGGAUUUGAUUCUGAACAAUUUGAAAGGUCGAUUGUGACCACAAUGGUGGAGGUUUUUCCGGCAGGACUUUCUAUGAAGGAAUUAAAACAUUAUUUGCAGCUAGUUAAAUCAGGGCAUUUUAGACAAUUUGAUCAUGGGGAGUUAAACAAUUUGGAAAUAUAUAAUAAGUCAUCACCUCCUGAUUACGAUAUUUCACGUGUAACGGCUCCCGUGGCACUUUAUUAUGGAAAAAACGACUGGUUGGUAGGAACAGCUGAUAUCGACCAACUGGCUGAAGAACUACCCAAUUUAGUCGAAAACUAUCUAAUAGAAUAUGAUUAUUUUAAUCAUAUGGACUUUAUAGUUGCAAAAGACGUUGUUUCCUUGUUGUACUUCGAUCUGAUCAACAAACUUAAUGAAAUAAAUGGUUUGGCUCCUCUUCCUGCAACUUCAACUGUUUCCACAAACUAUAUAACUACUACCCUAACCAAUGAUCCCACGACUCAACCUUCAUAUACUGAAACUGAAAGCCAAAGUUUUACCACACCAGGUUCUGCAUUGUCUAUCAAUAAUUUUGCACGUAUAUCUUUCCUUUUCGUACUUAUGUUGAGAUUUGUGAGAUAGGCCGUAAUUAUUGACAAAAUAUACGAUUUAUUAAUUUUUAAAA